AUAGUUUGAAAUUGACAGUUUUGACACGAGAGUAGUUGCGCUAAUGCGAAUCGAAAAUUAUUCGGAUUAUUUCGAAUCCAUUUUAAUUUCUUGUAGUAGGUAUAUAUGUAGGUACCUACUUUAGAUUUAGUAAUUUUCUAAAUGUUGCAAAACAUUGGUUAAUUUUGAUAAAAGAGGACCCAAGAAUUUUGUAAUAAUCAUUGCAUUGUGAGCUGUUGCUUUUCCAUAAUGUUAUUACGGUGCUGUGUUAUUAUCUUUUGCUUAAGCAACGUAAACACGAGUGGAGACUCAAGACACAAGGUGAACAAUGAGCUCAUUGAUGAGUUUUCAUUUUGGCCCUCAAUCCAUAACGCUGCGAGAAAUCUGAGGAAUCGAAGGUCGGUCCAAGAUCAGGAUCCUGUUGAUACGGUUGGUGUCGGUCAGAUGGAAGGAAUGGUAGGAUCUCAUGUUCUGCCUUCCACAUUGGUUUCGAAUGUAUCAUCAGAUGUUGCGUCAUCUCCUGCGGCUUCGAACGGUAAAGCUGUUGAGGACAAUUCUACCCCUCACGUGCAGAGCCACGUUUCUGAACAUUCAACCGCGAUCGAAAGUAAUAAAGAAUUACCAAAAGAAGCAGUCGCACCGAGUACAAAUGCAAAAGUUUCAGGAAAUGUAACAACAAUUGCAAAUGAUACAAAAACAACUGAAUCAAGUACAAAAAUAAUUACAAGUAAUACAACAACUGCUAAUAAUAUUCAAGAUCCCAUAUCUCCAAUUCAUUCAGUACACAAUAGUACUGAAGGAAAAAGCAAUCUCACUAUUUUGGAUAAUUCAACUGUGAGAAAAGAAAUUGAUUUCAACAGUCCUGGGGUUGUGAAGAGAGGUGCUAUAGUUUUUGGUGGCUUUGCUCUGUUAGCUGUAGCAUAUUUCAUAUUUUACAGGAGUAAGCAUAAGAGUAACGAAGCUAACACUAUGCACAGUUCGAUCGAUGCAAACCAGUUUCGUUAUGGUGUUCUCCAGUCUGAAGACCGGAGGGACAACUUAGAGUCAUCACGAAUUCCACUCACGAUGGAAUCGGAUGAUGAUGAAGAUGACGACAUGGAGAUAUUCGAUUUAGAAGAAAAGAAAAAAUCUCUGUCAUAUGUAAACUUGCAAUUGAACGAUGAGGAUGUUGUUUUAGGGUCAGCAGAAAACAAAUACGAUGAUAGGGAUAAUCUUUUGUUGGACAUCGAAGAUGGUAAUGUAGAUACAUUGAUUAAUUGGAGUAGUAGCGGCAGUAAGUCUGUAUUAUAAUAAUUUGCUAAUUAAAAACAAUGGCUGAAUAAUAAUCUUUCAAAAGUACUUAGUAAUUUUGAAAAACGUACCUGGUCUCGUCUUUUUCUUUUUUUCCAUUAAGCGGAAGAUCAUGAUUUUUAUUUGUCUUAAUGAAAAGCUCUGCGUAAUGGGCAACCGCACUUCAUAAGAUUUUCAAACUAAGAUAUGCUGUCUUUUUUUUCUAAAUAAUCUGUUUCAGUUCUUUGAAUUGGAUGUUGGUCAAAAUAAUUUUUUAAUAAAUACACUUAAAGAAUGGAAGAGAUUAUUUGAAAUUAGCAUUUAUGUUACAAUACAAUGUAUGUAUGCAGAAAUAAACAAAUUAUAGAUGCAACUGUAUAAAACUCUUAGAUAAUACAAUAAAAAUAAAAACUUGAAGCACUGAUCUUGCUAGGGCUAGUAUUAGCAAAUUCUCUCAGGUUGAGCCCGUGAGCUCACCUACCCGUCCGCACGUAGCUGAAAUAAUCCGUUAGGCUACCAGCAAAUAGGUUGGAAAAAAAGAAUGUAACAAAACUCAUUUCUAAGAUUUAUACAUUUAUACUGAAUUGCAUUUUUCCCAGCGCAGUUUUAUAACGAAAGCACUAAUGUGUAUAACACACAUUUCAGAACGAUCUAUUAAUGAUGAGUAAUUAAUUUCACUUACAUGUAGUAAUUAAGCUAACGUUAAAAAUGAACAUUGAAUUUUGUUUGCAUUUUUUAAGAGUGAGUCUAAUUAAAAAAUGUUUUUGGAUUGUUUAGCUAUGGCGUGAAUAAUAUUUUGCAUAAAUCUACGAAAAUACGUUAUUUAAAUAAUUUUGAUACUUUUAUACAGUUCUACUGUAAUUGUUAAUAAUAAAAAUAAUCUUUGCCUGUUAUUCUAUCUUAACAUAGUUGAUUGAAAUUCAAGCUAAAGAGAAGGUUUCUGUCAGAUACGUUAAACGUAUUUUUUGAUCGAUUAAUAUUCCUUGAGUUUCAAAAUCUUAGAUUUGCAACAUUUAGUGUAAUUCGGUUUCACCAGCUCUAAUUAAAUUAUAUUAAGUAAGAAUAUAAUCGAUUGAAAUAAAAAAAAGCCUAAAUCGCAAGCCGAACUUAAACUUAAUUUUUUUUAUCCCGGUCGUCCUCGUUAGGAUAAAGUAAUAAAAUUAUUGUAUUGUCAUCAGUCCUUGAUACGUGAGGAAAAGUUUUAAGUAACCGGAUGUCUUGAAGUUGUGAAAAUUGUGUUUAAUGAUUCCAUUACAUAGAUGGGUACAUGUUCAUGAUAAUAAAAUAGUGUUAAAUAUACUAAUUUAUUUUCUCCAAAAAAUGUCAUUAAACUGCCUAGUUAUUACUGUCUUCCCACAAUAAUUGAAGUUACUCUAACUUAUCUAAUUGCCUAUUUCCAAGCUAGAGUAGUGUCAAUGUAACUCAAAAUGAAACAUUAUUUGGUUGUCCUGAAACAUUGUAAAAUAUUUUGAUUCUAACUUACAUUUUAACUUAGAGUAAACGAACUUAUUGCGCAUCUAGUUCUAAGUGGGUAUCAAAGUACAUAGAUCGUACAAAGUGAACGCGGCCAUCUUGAGACAUUUGAACCAACUCAAUUUUUUAUUGGUGGUACUCACCUCAGAAAAUUCAAAAUACGUCAUAACCCCUAUUAAAUAUUAAGACAUCAAAAUUUUGAUUUUAAUUCUUCAAACUAUCCUGUUGUAAUGUAGAUGUAUCUACGUCACAAUUUUUCAAGAUAAAAAUCAGCAAAAAGUAGAUCUGAUUAUGCGCAUAAUGUUGAGAUAUAACACUUGUAGUCUUGAUGUUCAAUAGCCAUCACAAUUGAUGUUGAAUUAAUAUAAAUAUAAUAUCACUUCAUUCUGUAGCACAGUUUAUAGGAAUGCAAUACUUAUGACUAGUGCUAAUCGACGUAUUUUGUUCGGAUUUCGCAAGUCUGCUUUAAUGUUUCGUUUAUUAAUUUUAUUUUAUAAUCUCCGAUAAUUCGUAUAUUUCCUUGUUAUCGUAGCCACGGACGACUAAUAAACAAUAAACUAUAAGGUUUAUUUCGUCUAUAAUUGAAUAUUGUGUUUUGAGUGAAUACAAAAAAAUUGACGGUAGUUUAUACAAGCAAGUUUCAGUAAACUACCGUCAAUUUGAAUAUUACUUGAAUAUUCAAUUUUAACGCAAAACUAGACUAAAUGUACUUUUAAUAGUGGUACCAUCGGUUACUGUUGAAUUCUUUUGUGACUAGUGAAAAAAAGUCCUAAUGAAACAAACACUACCGGCUUGCUUUGAAUAAAGUGCCCAAAGAAUAUGCCAACGUUGAUAGGUGAUCAUGAAUUCCUGCGUCACAUUAAGUCUAUUGAUUAAGCUCGUUUCGGAAUCGCUAACAAAGUAGUUUUUCCCUUGGGUAUUCAGAAUUUCAUCUGCCUACACAGCAGUCACAGCCGUGGUAAUGAGUAGUAUACUAACACUCAUGAUUUUAUUUAAAAUAAGUAUGGAAACUUUUGAUAUCAUACCACCAUUUUUUCUUGCAAAAAGAAACUGAACCUGUGCAUGCGCAAACGCUACGAAUAAAAAGUGCCAUUACUAUUACUCUUAUUGUAGGAUCACAUUCUUGUGAAUUCGCAUUUUUUUUUGCCUUUUUAUAACGCAGUCGGAAACGGACUGAUAUUGAAAUAUUGACGCCGAAAAAAUAACAUAUCAAGAAUACAACUAGAAAUAGUGAUUGAAAAAAAAAACAAAGUAAUGAAAAAAUAUAUUUUAAAGAAUAUAUUUUUAUUUGAUGUAGAUUAUUGAAUGUAAUUUAUAUUUUCUACUUAGUUCUAUACACAUAUUUAUUUGUUUACCAUUAAAGAUAUCUAACGAUAUUUUUAUGACUUUGUACAUAAUUAUGUUCAUAGUUUGGAAUAACAGGUGUAUUAGAACUGUUCCCAAAAACAAAGACGCUGGCAUUACAUUGUGGGUUCACGAAAUAUAAUACUAAUAUUAUUAGUAAAACAACUUAGUGUCUAAAUUUAUUAAUUGUCACCCAAUAAUCGAAAUUCGUAUUCACUGACCCUGCAAGACUUUUGUAUUAAAUUUUCUCAUUUGUUUUGCUAUUUACAUUCUUGUGAAUUUCAAGUCAGAAAAACCAUUUUAAUUUUUUUUUUAUCUGUAAAGCUCGGCAGUAGCUUCACAAUAGACGAGAAAAAUCGUUGAACUAUUUUGUAGGUACAGAUGAUUAAAUAAAUUAAUAUUGUUUUCCUUUUGGCUUAGCCUAAUAGCUUAUUACUGUUUCGUAUGGGAGAACGGUUUCUUCACACCCUGUAUACAGGUUAUAGUCAAAACCCGAAGACUAUUCUAAUUUUCUUCGACAAUCCUUAGGUCUAACAAUAGCUUUUUCUCGUAAGUCAAAUAUAGAUUUGGACUAUAUCUGGUGAUAUUUUGUUCAAAACACACUAGCUCAAUUCGAACUCCACUUUUUUUGCCAAUGUGAAACAAAUUACUGACACGGAAUAAGCAAAAAUGUAAGCACUUGGGUCUCGGCCUUUGACUAUUUCAACAUAUCGUAUUUUUUUAUAUCAAGUAUGGUUGAAUCUGUUAGGCGCGGAAAGAAAAAGUCUGGAUUAAUAAUUAUCUAUCAAGUUUCGAGCCUGUUGCGAUAAGAGCUUUUUAAUUGCUGAUUUUGUUCAGAUUUGCAUAUUCCAAAAUUAAUUUUCGUCACAGAGUAUAAGUUAAUGUUUGAUAACUAAAUUCGGUUUAUAAUUAAUAUGGAAAUGAAAUGUGUACUUCUGGGUUAGUUAUCACAUCGUUGGAAGCUUUGGACUGUGAUAUGAGACGAUAGAGUAGCAUUUAUGAAAUUUUAAUUCUAAUUUUAUACGACACCGCAUCCAUUUUAAAAAAAAUGUUGUAUUGCUUAGGGUCGAUUCGACCAAACAAGAGUAAAUCUUAUUCUUAGAAUAACUCGUCAGUUAAUCGAGAGUAAAUCAAUUUUACGUUUUACCAACUACAAUUCUAAGAAUAGUGGGCCUAUUCGGGAAUUGUUACUAUACCGCCGUUUCGCACGGAAUAACGGAGCUAUUCCUAGAAUAAAGUAAUGGCGUCUGUCAGUCCAACAUCUGAUUUCUGUCAUUUCAUAAAUAUUUAUUCUGUUUUAAUUUCAAGUCAACGCAAUGCACUAAAUGAUUAUUAAUAGUCUGAAUGCAACGUUUAAACGAAAAAAGAUAAAACCACACGACAAAACUUGACAAUUCCCUCAAACAAACAAGAAAUAAAAAUAAUACGUUUGACAGCUGGAUAUCUUACACAACAGCUACUUUUUCACACUAAAAUACGGCAAAAUCGAGUUGACGAUUUGUAUGCUCUUACACUAUGCCGUUGAACAACAACAUUUAUUUGCCGGAUUUUAUUUUUGUUCACCAUUCACUCUGCUAUUCGCGUAUUGUUAUUCCUAGCGCAAGUAUACGUGGAAAAACGACUAUGAAUUUACUCGAGAUUAAAAUCAUGGAAUAGGUUAUUCCUCGUAUAGUUACUCGAGUUUAAAUUUAAGUUUGGUCGAAUCCGCCCUUUAUAUAUAAUUUAGAAUUUUAUUUUGAAAUGAUUUAAUGUUAUGUUUAGUGCUUAAAAAGUUUUGCGUUGUUUUUGAUCUUGGCAACUCUUGACUGGAUAUAAAAAAAACCUGCAUUAGCCUAAUUAUCUUAAAGUACUUAAGUUUUAUAGUUGUGAACUUAAUAUAAUGGCAACUGAAAAUUCUUAAUAGCUGGACCGCUAGAUGGCGCUACUUUGCUUAAACGUAAUAUUUAAAAUUUCAAUUGAAUCAAAAAUUGGCCACUCUUUGUAAGUGCUAGUGAGAUUUACAGAUAAUUUCACUGUAAACAUUUUCACUUUUUCUUCUUAGAUUAUAAUUGCAGCAGUUUUGGAUGCGGUAUGCUAGUUCAGUUGCUUAUUUAGAGAUAACACUAUGUGCUUUUAUUUUUAAAGUUACGCUAUCGAUCGUUUUAAUCCCAUUAAACCUCUUAUAAUAAACAAUCAUUUUAUUAGCAUGAAAUUUAUGUCAUAUAGGCCGUUUUCCAAUUACAGCACAAGAGCGCAUUAUGCGGCAUAAUGCUCCACUAAGCUUCAGAAUAAUUCGGCAUUGUGCGUCACUGAGUCGCAUUAUGCUCUGUAAUUGGAAAACUACCAUUAAGUAAUGGUUAAUUACAGAGCAUAAUGUGACUCAGUGACGCACAAUGCCGAAUUGUGCUGAAGCAUAGUGGAGCAUUAUGCCGCAUAAUGCGCUCUUGUGUUGUAAUUGGAAAACGGCCAUAAAUACCAUCAAAGCAUUGUCAAAGACAAAACGGAAUCUCUAUUUUUUUUAGUAAUUGAAAACGUCACUUGUGAAACUAACAGUUUUUUUGUUGUUGUUAAAUAUGUAAAAUAUUAUAAAAGUUAUUUGUUUUGUUCUUGUCGAUGGCGUAACGAAGCUUACUUAAAAUGUAACUGAAAGUACAUUUGAAAUUGAGUUCACGAAUGCCUAAUUUAUAGCUAUAUAAUAAUAAAUAAUAUAUUUAAUGUAAGUUUGUUAAAUAAUAAAAAAACUAUAUUUUACCAA